AGUAGCAGAUGUCUCUUUGAAAAUGAACGCGUUAAGGGAGGAUCAUUGUAACACUCAAUAAGGAAGUUAUUUUUUUGGUGUCUUCCGGGAAAGUUUAACAAAACAGAUGGGAUAUUUUGCUUUUUAAUAUUUUAUUUCUAUGACCUUUAAUAAAUUGAUUUUUAAAGAUUAAUUAAUUGUAAAUCAUGGCAUACCGACAACAACCAAUCCAAGAUGAGUUGGAGAUGGAGACAAUGGCAGAAGCUGAAUUGUCAAGACUAAAACGUCAGUAUCGAAUGAUGGAAAAUGAUCGCACUACUUAUGGAGAAAAAGCCCGACUACAGCUUCGUAAUCAACAGAAUAUGAUUGAACGUUUAGAAUACGAAAAAUCAGAGCUCGUGUUGGCUAUAAAAACAUCAAAAUCAGAAUCAAAUGCUAAAAAAGAUGAAGAAAUGGAUGAAAAGUUAAAAUUUUUACUUAGUAAACGUGAAAAAUACAUUAAAAUGAUAAAUAAUGAACGACAACAAAUUGAUGAAUUACAAGAACAAAUAAUAAAAGUAUGUAAAGAAGUUGUUGGAUUAAAAAUGAAAAUACGAACAGAUUCACAGUCACGAGAAAUAACUGAAAAGCAUAAUCGUAUGAUUGGUAUACUGGAGAAUCGACUUGAUGUUGCGACGAAACGAUUUAAUAUUGUCGUUGCUGAGAAUGCACAGCUUCGUGCUAAAAUAGAUUGUUUACUUAAAGAACGUGCUCAAUUCAAUAUUCUUUGGGCUAAAAUGAUUGGCCAGUUAAAUACUGGUAAAAUGGUAAUCAGUGAUAUUAUUGAACAGGCGACAAUAACGUUUAAUCAACGUGAUGAAGAGCUUAAUAAAAUUUAUGCUUUAAGAGAACGAGGAACAAGAGAUUUAAAGGCUCACACAUCGGAAAUGUGUGAAUUACAACGCACACUUGAUAAUGAAUUAAAACUACAAGAAUUUCUAGGAGUUAAAGGACAGUACCGAGAAACUGCUGAUUUAAAUACUAGAAAAGAAGCUGAGCUUCGUAUGAAACAAGAGGAAAAACAAAAUAAAAUUGCAUCUUAUAGUGAAAUUUUAAAUCUAAUUAAGCAAUUUACUGGUGAAAAUGACAUCGAUAAUCUUUCAAAUUAUUUUCUCAAGCAAGAAGAAGAAAACUUUGCAUUGUUUAGUUAUGUUAAUGAACUUAAUGAUGAAUUAGAAGGUUUACAAAUACGCGUGGCUCAAUUACGAGAUGAUAUUGAUGAAGCAAGAGCGUUAAAUGCUCGUCGUGGUUGUCAGCAAGCCGAGACACUUGAAAAAAUAGCUAAAGAGUUGGAAGAACAGGAAAAUAAAGCUACUGCUGCUGAGGAUAAUUUAGUUAAAUGUAAUGAAGUGAUUGAAAAAUUACUUGAAGGAAUAGAUGCACUUUUCCAUUCAAUUGGUUGUGAUAAUUCUUCAAUUUUAAAUCUUCUUGGUGACAAUAAUCAUGUUACAAUGAAUAAUAUAAUGCUCUACUUGGGAAUUAUCGAAAAAAGAAUAACUGAAAUGCUUAAUAAGGUCCACUGGGUUGAUUCAAAUGGAAAAUCAGAUACUGUUAGAUUAGAUGAAGAACGUAAACCUAAAUUAAAUAUUCCAGUAUUAUCUGAAAUAGCUCCAUCACAACCUUGUUCCUUGUGUGUUGAAAAAGAAGUGCUGCAAUCUGUAUCUGAAGGUUUAGAAGUUCCGUUAACGCGUAAAGAAAUCCAAGAGAAACUCGAUACAACUCAAUCAAUUUAUGAUAACUCUCAAAUAUUACAUAAUGUCUCUGGAUGUUAUUUACCAGCAGCUCGAAAAAUUAUGCAAAAACGAUAUCAAUAA